UAUUUUAUGAUAAUUAGGAUAAUAGAGCUUACUAGUAUAACAUGAGGACUUUGAUAUUUUCUAUUCUUAUGUUAUGUUCUACAAAUGCUUUUUCAAUGGACAACGACUGGAUUCCAACUAACGAUGAUGUUCUGGAUUACAUACUUGGAAUGGAAGUGCCACCAUUUGAAGCAAGUUUAAUCCACCCGCCCAUGAAAAUGAGUUACAAGUUGAACAACACGUAUAUUGGUCAUGUAUCUUCUGCAGAGUACGGUGCUCAAGGGUAUUAUGAAAUAGGAGAAGACGCAAUCCGGAUAAGAUUUACAAGCGAAGAAGGUUUUAUUACUGGAUAUAUGACGUCAUUGAUAACAAGAACAGACGUUCCUGACUUCAAAUAUCCAAUGGAAGGGAAUUUCACCAUUCAUGCUGUAAACUCAACUAUUAACAUGACUGUGUUAUUUCCAAAAAUUGACAGCAAGACAUCGCCUCUCGUUAUGACUGAGUGUUCUGCUUCAUAUGAUAGAAUUUCAAUUGAUUUAGACGCGAAAAACAUCAAAGAUUCGUUGGAUAUGAUAGCAAUGAAUCACUGGUUAAGCAGGGCAAUGCAUGAGACCCUAAGUGAAUUGUACUGCAUCGCUAUUAGAGAAGAUGUUGCUAAAGGUACAAAGUCCGUUGCAGUAAAAGGCAUCAUCGGUAUCGUGAUACAGUCAGCGUUUAGACAAGGUUGAAAAAAAGCGAACUCUUCAAAUUAUUUAGUCGCAAGUGAACUUUCUUACUUAAGACUGCUUUUCAAAACGACCAACUAACUUUGUCGGAAGAAGGAUUUCUGUAUGCUAAAACUUUUGAUGGACCACAGUUUCACAAAAGGUUUCAUCUUAUACAUUCGCCAGAAGCGGAAAACGGAAUCAGUAUUUCUACGAUAAAAUCAGUUUUAUCUAUUCUAAUCCCAGAACAAAACUUAUUAUACUCUAAAAUCAACUUCCCUGCAAACGGUACAAUUUCCAAUUAGUUGCCAUUUUUGAUAGAGGAACAUGUGUAUCGUUAGUACAGUGUAUAUAUAUCUUGUGUCAUGUAUGGUUGUGCAAGCUUCGCCAUAUGUGCAGAUAGGUAUAUGGUGCAGUUUUCAAUACAAAUAUUCAAAGAAAUGACAAAGUGAAAAAUGUUACCUUACCUGUUCAAAUUUUUUAUCUUACUUGAUACUGUCACUUCAAUCAUUUGCUCGAGUUUUUAUUUAUCUCAAACCUGAACUGUCCAUCAAAAUCACAUGUAAUCACCACGUUUCAUUCACAUCAGUCGGUUGAUGCGUAGAAUUCAAAUAAUGAAUUAUUCCGUUUCUAUGGACAGCUCAUUGAAAAUGAACUUCACAAAGCUUGUUUAUUGUCGAAUAAGGUUUUAUCCAAUGACUGUUAUAAUCUCUUGCCUUCAUCUCGCUCAAGAUUCGUUGCAAACGAUAUCUAAUUUUUAUUUAGUAGUGUAAGAAACCUCUAAAUAAGGAUAAGCAAUUCGGCAUAGUAUCCCUCAACACAUAUAUUAUAUAUAAUGUUAUCUUAAACGCUUAUUUCGUUGAUUAUUUGACUUUUUGCCUCAAUUGUCUUUUCUUUGCAUAUUGUAUAUAAUUAGCUUUUCCGCUGUAUAAUUUCUUGUGCUUUUUGCUUCCAGACAUGCUUUAUUCAGAUUUAAACUUGAAACGGAAUGCUUGCAAAUAUUAGAUUAUUGUAAAUACAAAUGCAUUUCCAGUAUUUUAAUAGGAGAAAAAAAACAGCAUCAGUAUAAUAUUGA